CCCCCGCGACCGCUGCGCAGAUUCCUAUUCACACACACACAGAUACGAAACUCCCCAUACCCCCCUCAUACGCCAUGCGGACCAAGCCGAACAUCAUCAUCACGGGCACGCCGGGCGUGGGGAAGACGACGCACUGCGAGACGCUUGCUGCGUCGCUGGGGCUGACGCAUUUGAGUAUCAAUACUAUUGUUAAGGAUCGGGGGUGUCAUGAUGGGUGGGAUGAGGAGUAUCAGAGUUGGAUUGUUGAUGAGGAUAAGUUGCUGGAUGAGAUCGAGGAGGAGGUUAAGCUAGGGGGGUAUAUCAUCGAUUGGCACGCUUGCGAUCUCUUUCCCAAGAGCUGGAUUGAUCUUGUCGUCGUGCUGAGGGUGAACUCUACGAUUCUUUAUGACCGGCUGAAAUCGAGAAACUACCCAGAGCUGAAACUCCAAGAGAACCUCGACUCGGAAAUCAUGGAGGUACUCCUGCAAGAGGCGCGCGACUCGUACGAUGAGGAGAUCGUGGUGGAGCUGACGAGUAAUACGAGCGAGGAGGUGGAUAGCAAUGUCGCCCGGAUAGAGGCGUGGGUUGCGCAGUGGAUUAAGGAUAAUGAGGGGGCGGAGAAGGAGGAUAGUUGAGAGAGAGAAUGUGAAUGUUUAUGAAUGCAUGUCAUAGAAGCUGGAGGAAGGCUGGGACGGGGGAGGUCAAAAUGUUAUGAUAUCCUAAGGGGUUUGAAUUUAGGCUUUGCUGCUAUCUGCGGCCUCUAGGAGCCAGGCUUUUAGCUUCUCAAGUGCUUUGCCGCGGUGGGAGAUCUUGUUUUUUUCUGCUUUGGGCAUCUCGGCGUAGCUGGAGAGGUUAGAAAGGUGGCGGGGGGUUGGAUGAUGAUGGAUAGAUACGCACGUUUGACCAGCUGGUCCGUACUCGAAGAUGGGAUCCCAGCCAAAAGCGAUGGCUCCUCGUGCCGGAACUAUCUUGCCCUAGGAUAUAUUAGCUAUAUAUCUGGUUAAUAAGGAAAGAAAUACCUACUUCUGUGCGUCCUUGGAAGAUAAUGGGCUCGUGGCCUGGGCCUUCGGAGUAUGCGAACGUGCAGACGGAUUCGGCGGA